CCGCUGAUCGACUCACUCAGGAUGAUUUUGUGUGCCGUGUGUGCUUUUAUUCAAUCACAUGCGUUGCGUUGCGUGCAGACAGGCCAGCGAUAGCAGCGAGGGUGUACAAGGGACACACACACACACACACACACACACAAACGGGCUCUCUUCACUCACUCAGACGGAAAAACAGCCAGCCACGCAUCCAUCACACAGACAGAAAGGGAAGAUUGAGAAGGCGACAGACACCAUUUAUGAGUGGAUUGUGGACUAGUGCAUUUCACGGUCUCUGUCUCUGCUGCAUCCCUUUGCAAUGCAUACCUUGCAUCUAUGAAUGGAAAAAGACCGAGACAAAAAGAGAGAGAGAAAGGCAGACAGGCGACCUUUGCAAGACAAGACAGUCAGAAAAUGCCAUGCACACACACCCACACGCAAAGAGAGAGAGGGAGAGAGAGAGACCCACACCGGCUUUUUUCACCGGUUGCCAUCGACCACAGAGGUCAUAGGCAACAAAAGAUAGGCAACCCAGACACACACACACAGGCAGGCAGUAGGCAGACACACAGGCAGACAGGCAGAGGCCAUGGGACCGAUGAAUGGAUGGAUGAGUGGAUGAAACCUUCGCUUGAUGGACAAGACAGUCAAAAGAAGCCACGCAUUCGUCAGCAACCACACACUGAUUGCCUGCACACUCAACAUGGACCAAAAUGGCCCGCCAAUUACGGGUGUCCAUCUCUCAUGCGCUCAUUCGAUUACUGAGGCUCACAGGUAAGACAGCUGACCGUUCAUGAAGGGCCAGCUGGUGGACGCCACCCCACUCAUGCCAUCGUCGGCAGGAAAGUGACCCACGAGGGUCCCGCCCCCCAUCACUCCGCCAUAGUGUUUGUCGCGUCUGUACCGCACUGUGUACUGCAGCCGGUCGCCCUUGCGUAACAUCGGCCCUUUGCCGUCAUGGUAGUGACACUGGGUGAUGCUGGUGACGUACCCCUCCUCAUGGCCGGCCUUGUGGGGCGUGCAGCCGUAGAUGGCCGUCAUGUCGCAGCGCCAAUCGAUCCCAAUACCGUCAUCCGUGUCGCUGCUGUUGCUGCUGAUGCCGGCAAGGACCGCGUCGAUGGCCCCGAUGUGCAUAUGGGCGCGCACGCCGAUGAGAUGGAAGUCCUCAUUCACCAGCACAGUCGCCGUCUUGGUGUCGACACACCUGUCGGCAAUAUCAUCAUGGCCACUGUCGCCAAGCCGCCGCUCCUUGAUGGCCACUGCAAGAUGGCUGGCUGAUGGCUUCAUGCAUCCCUCUGCGGGGAAGACGUUCCACUCAUGCCGUCCGCCGACGGCAUCGAUGAUCAUGUUGGCGCGGACCGGCCGCACAAUGGGGCUGACACAGCCAUACCGCACCGUGUAUUUGACUCUGUAGUACUUGGGGGCGGGGCGGGCAAGAAAACCGCCCGGAGUGGGCGGACCGAAGACGGCAUCUGGGUCGCUGUUGCAGUUGGGGCAGUGGUGGGGGUCAUCGAAGGCAUCUGUGCCGGUGGAGGUCACGAAGGGGUCGAGUGUCGUGCGGCAGUGGGCCUGUGGGACACACACAGACAGGCCAAGUGGUGAGAGUGGACACACGUGUGAGCGCAGGAGACUAACGCCAUCUGGGCAGCAGUUGAAAGACCCAUGCCGACCAUCGGGGGCACAUAGACACUGAAAGAUACACACACACAUCCCGCCAUCUCACACACAAAAGGCCUGCAGGGGUCCCAUUGAUGCCAUGUGUGUCUUACCUGAAUGCACGCCGGCACGUUCGUGACGUUUUGCAGCAUCAGCAGGUGCACGUUGAGCCACCACUUCUCCUUGCCGGCCGUCGUGAAGGCAUAGGGAGCGGUGAGAGAUACUAUCGGAGUGCCUGCAGCCACACACAUGGGAGCACACACGAAUGUGCCUUCACGUCUAUCCAUCCAUCCCUCCAUCCAUCCAUCCAUUCAUCCAUCCAUCCAUCGGUGACCUCUGGUUUCGGCGCCGGUGCCCAGCUUCCCCACCAGCUCGUUGCCGGCAUCAGGCGUCGUGUAGAACAGAAACCAAUGAUGCACGUACACCUCAAAAGGCACACGCACACACAAAUCCAUAGAGACCGCACUCAUCGAUGGGCGUACCUCGUCGAGUGGCACACUGACAUUCCUGUCGUCCACAAUCUCCCCCCACAGGCCUCUGAUGGCCAUCGGCUGGUCGUCAGGCAUCUCGACGGGCACGUCGAAGGGAUCGGUGUUGAGGACGUCACCCGGAGAGAGCGGAAAUGCGGUGCUGACGUAGGUGCUCUCCCUCUCAUCGCUGUCGGCGACCUCAGUGGUGGUGUGGUGGCUGAAUGAGAGACUGAAGCCCCCCCAGAGGCGGAGACGCCAUCGAGGGCAGCGGAGGCGACAGAGAUGAGGCAGGCCAGAGAGGAAAGGCCCUCCAAAAACAUGGUCACCGUAGCUGUCAGGCAGAGGACAG